AAAUAACCACGCUGGCCACGCGGCCUGCCGACCGAUAGACGCAAUCGGAUUCCCGAUGCCUAUAAAAUAUAAUAUUCGCCAGAUCAUAGAUUAGUUCGAUUCGACACCUCGAUUGAAGCUGAUCGGACGAAUCAGUUUCUGUUGGCCACUGUGAAUAACGUGUUAGUGUGUUUUAGUGCCAAUCGGAAACGUGUGUUUUGUAUCGUUUCUAGUUCUCACGCUCUCGCAGAUCGGUUAAAGCGAUGAGUAAGCUGACGAUCGUCGUAGUGUUGGCGGCAUACUGCUGUUGUUGUGGAGUAGUAAGUGCUAUCGACUUUGGUGGAUUUUUUAAAACAACGGGAGACGUCGCCAAGGUUGCUGCCAAGACGGCAAAGGGGGUGGUCGAGAAAGUUCCGGAACUAUUUUCGCCAGAACAACUACUGGAGUUCGGCAAACAAUCUAUUGUAGGUUUGCCAGCUGAAGCGAUCGCUGCUACGAUCAAUCAGAUAUGUUCAGUGGCCUUACUGACGAAUGCGACCGAGUCGGAAAAUUCAGUGAACAUUACUGAUAUGAAUUACAUUUUAAUGACCGAAGAUGACAAUGUGACAAUACCACUGCUGGAAUCCGAUGAUCUUUGGAAAAACGAUCUUUUCAACAAACAAUUCAACACCGUCAUUUUGGUCACCGGCUGGACCUCCAACGUGAACGAACCCAAUCGUGCCAUUGAUACCAUUUACAAGGCAUAUGCGGCACGCGGGGGAUGGAACUUUGUAGUCAUCGAUACUGCGGAGUAUGUGGACACACUUUACACCUGGUCUGCAUUCAAUACGAAUGAUCUGGGGAAGGGAUUGGCGGACGGACUGAAAGGAUUGAUCAAGUAUGUGCCCCUGGAGAAAAUACAUUUGGUCGGUCAUAGCCUGGGGGCGCACAUAGUUGGUGCUGCCGGUAGAAAUUUUCAAUUUUUAACCAACAAAACGAUCCCUCGCAUUACGGGUCUGGAUCCGGCUAAUCCUUGCUUUAACGAGGGAGAGUCCCUAAGUGGCAUUCAACGGGGUGAUGCCGAUUUCGUAGACAUCAUUCACACGAAUGCUAAAGUGCUCGGAAAAAGAGAUCCAAUUGGUGAUGCUGACUUCUAUCCGAAUGGUGUGGUAUCUGUUCAGCCUGGAUGUCUUGACCCAGCUUGUUCACACAAACGUGCUUGGGAGCUGUACGCUGAGACUGUUUACCCCGAAAACGAGAAAUCUCUUCUGGCGGUCAAGUGCAAUUCCUUGUUGUCUCUUAACACUGGAGGAUGUAUAGGGAAUCCUGUUCCGCUUGGUUUCGCAUGUCCCACAUCAUCGAAAGGAAACUUCUUCCUUAAAACAAACAAUAAGUCUCCGUUUGCCAUUUUGUCGUAAAUUGAGGACAUCGAAACCGUAAUGUUAUCAAAACAAUAAUGCAAACUUAUCGCAUUGAUGUUGAUAUUAUUUUGUUAUACCUUUCGUUACAUUGUUCUUUAAUUCUUUCACUUAUCUUAUCUAAGCGCACUUAUCACUUAUCUAAAGCGCACUAAAAGCACUUUGAUAUGUUUAAAUAAAUGAUGCAUAUACGUUUAUAAAUA